AUGGCUCUGUCGCCAAUCAAUCACCAAGAGCCAACUGCUCAAAAUGAGUUGAUGACCGCACUUUCGGCGUUGCAUCUCGGCGGUAAAUACAGCGACCUCACGAUCACUUGCAACUACAGGCAAUGGGCCUGUCACCGAGCCAUUGUCUGCUCGAGAAGCGGGUUCUUCGAUGGAGCCUGUUCGCACCAGUUCCGCGAAAGCCAGACGGGCGUUAUCGAUCUCAGCGAAGACGAUGAAGAGGCUGUGGAACAGAUGAUACAUUACUUCUACCACCUCGACUAUCUCAACGAGCAGCCCGAGCAAGCACCGUCGGCGAUGUUCAGACAUCGAGCCUAUUCUGACGCACGCAAGAAGGCAACCAAGAAGCUCGAUUUGACUCAGAUCCAAGAUCCUCUCCUUGCGCAAGCUGGAUUUUACAACACUCCAGACUCCCCGGCAACUCCACCAGGAUCGUCGCACGGCGAUGGACGAUCGAGCUUCGAUUUCGCAGACAAGGCACCACGAUCACCACCAAAGGCACGCUCUGGAACUCCUCCACUUGAGGCUGAUUUGGGAAGUGAUGAGGAGUAUGAGGAGGAUUACGAAUCGACUGAAUCCGAAUCACACCUUCUCCUGCACACACAGGUGUACGCACUUGCAGAGAAGUACGACAUCCCAAGUCUCAAGCAACUCGCAAAGAGGAAGUUUGAGAUGGCAGUUGCUUGCUACUACGACGCGCCCGAGCUUGCAGAUGCCAUUGAAUUCGUCUACACUUCGACGAUCGAUUCCGACCGAGGACUACGGGACGUUGUUCUGCAACUCUUCAGGAGCCAUCCUCAGUUGGCAAACACUCAAGACAUCUUCGCCGUCAUCAAGGAGACACCCACUUUGGCACUCGACCUAUGGAAAGUGGAGAGAGGACUUCUUUGA